UAAAAGCGGAAAUCCGGCCAUUUAAGCUCUUUCUUCUUAUGGAUUUUGACAUCUGUGGGUUUUUGGUGUCACUCGGCUGCCUGUGCAAUCUGGGGAAAACAGACAAGAUGUGGCCACUUUUGGAGCAGAAAGUGAACGCAGUCCGCUGUGACCUGCUCUUCACUGAGGACAUCAAUCGAAGGAUGCGGGUCCCCAACAGACUCACCGUGGCAAACAGCUUCAGCCCUGUGGAUGAGGAGCCCAUGUCUGAAGGUGUAUCCCCUUCCUUUCCAAUACAUAUCCCUGUCAGGAUUUCACUUGCAGAUGCAGAUCUCAGACCCAUCCUGCUGGACCAGCAGAGGAAUGUCCCCUGCGCUGAGGUGUGCGUAUCCCCAGACUCCUCGGCUCAGCACUCUGCAUCGGGGGAGCUUCCUUUUAUGCACAUGGCCGGCAGAUCAAGUGCCCAGAAUCGCAGACGACUGGGCCACCACGGCGGCAGGUCACGGCGGCAGAGCCAGCACAGCAGUGGGUCACGGCGGUCCCCAAGUGACAGCACCCAGCUGGCCUUGCCCAGCCCAGCCCUGCACCAUGAGCGGCUGGACACCUGCCCCCCACCUGCUCACAGUGCUCCACUUCCCCUCCUUGCCAGGACGGGCAGGAUCUACUCCAUGCAGAACAUCUUCCAGACCAUGUACCUGCUGGGCCAGGUGCUCUUCCACCGUGUCCAGAACUCUCUGCAAGACUCAAUGUCAUCCAGCUCCCAGGAGGUUGGAGCAGCCCCGGAGGAGGUCAUCGCUGCUGAGGCUGCAGCAAUGAAAAAGGAGCUGGCAAGGAUCUCGGAGCGGCUGUGUGUGCUGGAGGAGCAGCACAAAGCCUGGCGGAAAGAGGAGCCCCUGGUGUACUCCAUGCUGCUCUCUGCCUGCCUCGUCAACACCUGGCUCUGGCUGUGGAGAUGACUGUGUGCCUUGGGCUCCCCGACCCACCCUGGGCGAGAGCAGAGAAAGGAUUCUUGCUCACGUAUUGUGGAUGGUAAAACUGUGUGUUUCUUCUGAACUUGACCUGAAUUGGAACCAUAAAGCUGGACCUGGCCACAGCAGCUGGAGAUGGAUGACAGGGAGUGGUGGGGUGGGACAGGGAGCAUGGUCCAGUGUGUAUAGAGCCAGGGCCGGGCUGUGUUUGGUGUACGGUAGCAACUAUGUGGUGUGUUCUAUGGGGUCAAUCGUCCUGUGAGAAGCUGCUGUGAAAAGCCAAGCCUCAUAAGAAAUUUGUAAUGACACAGGAGGUAUUUGUCCUGCACAGAUCAAUGAGAGAGCUUCUGCCCCUUGGGCUGUGUAUUGGAGGAGGCACAAACCCAAAUGUUACGUCUUUGUGGGCAUCAGGUCCUGUUACAGUCUCUGGCCAUGGGUUGAGCUGGUCCCCUGCCUGCAUCACAGCUUGGACAUCUUAGUUCUACCUCCAUAAAAUUUCUCAGCCAAUUCAUAGAACCAUAGAAUGGCUUGGAUUGGAGGGGAACUUCCAGCCCACCCAGUCCCAACCGCUGCCAUGGGCUCAG